CUCUGUUUGUCAGACAGACUUGAAAUCCGAGGGAGACGAGCGCGCCGCCAUUUUCAGAGUGUCGCUCUCCCUGAAACAACAACAAUAAAAUACGGAUAUGCUAGGGAAAUAUCGUCAGAUUUAUGGGUGAAAUGCAUUUUGUAACUACAGAAGAUAAAUCCAACGCACUUUCAAGCAUUUGCGGUUGAUGGAAGAUCAAUAUUCUAUACGUGUAUUUUUUUCAGCAGGCAAGCAGAGUCGGCUCCUUCGCUAACUACCCGUUCUUUCGCCCAUUUCGUGAUUUCGAGAACAACACGGGUUUACCGAAACUGGAGCACACGAGAAACGGAUUUAAUCUACAGGAGUAUUUGUCCAAUUGCAAGCUAUUUAUCCCAUUUUGGUGUACUGGUGUAUUAUUUUUUUUCUUAACAUUGGGGAUUUGAGACUGAAUUCCCCCGGAUUCGGCUCCUCAUCACGUGGCUGUGCCGUGGAGAGUGGGUAGUGGUAGCUGGGUGCAGUGGAUCUGGCCUGAGCGGUGCCAGACGCCCCGUCCCGGCCGCCCCCCUUCCCCCCCUCCUUUUCGCUGCAUGGCUGCGAUGGCGCCCGCUCUGACUGACGCUCCGCCCGAAGCCCACCGCAUCCGCUUCAAGCUGGCCCCUCCCUCCACGCUCUCGCCCAAUCCCGUGCAGUCCGGUGUCGCACCCAGCAACGGCGCCGUUGUCAAGCGCAGCCGAGCGGCCGCUGCCCAGCCCCCCUCCCCAGACCACCACCACCCCCAUACCACCACACCCGUUGGUAACGGCAACAACAACAGCAGCAGCGGAGGCGGCAGCAGCAUAGCGGUCCCGUCCUGCAAGCUCGAGGAGCCGUCAGUGCAGACCGAAGCCUCGGCGCCGCACGCGCUGGGCCGGCUGCAGCCGUUGGUGGCCUCGUACCUGUGCUCGGAUGUGACGCCGGUGCCGUCCAGCAAAGAGUCCCUGAAGCUGCAGGGCGUUGCACUGCUGCAGACGCACGGCCUCCUGCCCGCCCUGCUGCCUCGCCAGCGGCAGUCACUGGAGCUGGAGCUCUCCGAGGAGCGCCUGCGCAGCCUCAUGAGUGGCACUGGUGGCGUGGGCACUCCCACGCCCCCUGUCAACGGCAUGGCCAAGAAGCUGGCCAAGCCCGCCCCUGGCAAUGCAGAGCGAGAUGGACUGCUGGCCACCAGCAUUAACAACAACCCUGCUGCACUUAAUGGAGGGUCCAACGGCAUCAGGACGCCCGCAGGAUCGGGGUCAGGGUCGGACUCUCCCCCUCCACCUCUGGAAUGCGCCUCGCGAGGGGGUCUCCAUGGCAAUGGCCCCUUCAGGAGUGCUGAAGGAGGCGCCGUGGACCCCCAGCACCCAGACGACGUCUCCCAGGACAACAGUAACCCUGAGCAACCGCCUCCACCUAGCGUCUCUCCCCCGUCGCAGGACCCCACAGACAGCAGCAGCAACAACAACAACAACAACAGCAGCAGCAGGAGUAGUACGGACCGCCCCCCAUCGCUGGCGUUAACAGACUCUUCCAUCCCACCAUCCUGCUCACCGCCACCCCCCAUCAGCAGCUCUCCACAUCACCUCACACCAGCACCGGGCAGCCUCGGAGCAGAGCUGCGCGAGCGGACGCAGCAGAGCCAGAGCCGGCAAGGCCAGAUCGAAGGCCGUCUACGGCGCCUGCGCAAGCGUCUGCAGGUGGUGCAGGCCAAGCAGGUGGAGCGGCACAUCCAGCAACAGCUGGGAGGACUCCUGCAGAGCACACUGGGGCCUCUGGAGGCCUUGCGCAAGAGGGAGACUCCCAUCGCCUCCACCUCUGCCUCCACAUCCUCCGCAGCUGCUGCCGCCGCACUCACCCCCCAGGAGCGAGAGGGCCUGGGCCGCUUCCUUAAGGGUGGCUCGGUGCCAGCGGAACUGGAGAGGCUGUCCCUGAGCGGCGCCACCAACCUGCACGCGGCUGAAGGGGCUUUCGACUCGGACGCCACAGAGAGCAGCAGUGGCGGUGAGACGGACGUGGAGGAAGAGGAGCUUGGACGCGUCGACGUGGAGCAGAGACACGUGCCGCUAUGGCGACGUGCAGAGGGGCGUUAUGCUGUGGACCGGGCCUCCAUUAUCAGCCACUGGAACUGGCUUCAGGCUCAUGUGUCAGACCUGGAGUACCGCAUCCGCCAGCAGACAGACAUCUACAGACAGAUCCGCUCCAGCAAGGGCCCUGUUGUGUUGGGAGAUACUGCCCCUGGAGAGCCCUCAUUGGAGGAAGUGUGUGAGGUGAAGGAGGAGCCAGUCUCUUGCCAAGUGUCUCAGGACUUUGGCUCUGACGUCCAGGAGAGUUCCACAGACCCAGGCUUGAGGAAGGCGUAUCCUUCAGGGAAGCAGGUCAAUGGGGUCAUCAACAAUUUGAGGCCUGCUUCUUCAGAGACGGGCGACUCAGAGGAGCAAUAUCAGCAGCAGCCGCAGUGGGGGAGCGUGUCGUGUGCGGCCUCCUCCCCCCCUGACCACACAUGUGUGGCUGCUCGCACACGACCCCUCAUCAGCUGCAAGAGACGACGACUCGUCAGACCAAGCACACUCACCAACCUCAACCGCAAGGUCCAGCGUGUGAGUGUGUGUCGCUGCAGCUGUGAGGCGAACCCUCAGUGUAUGACGUGUGUCGGCCGCUCCACCCCGCCACUCGAGCCACACUAUGAUCGGCCCUUACUGGAGCGCCUGUCUCAUUACGACCCCAGCGUCCACCCCAUCCUGUCCUUCACAGACGAUGUCAUGAUGAGUCUGCACAUGCAGCGUCUGCUGAAAUCUCAUUGGCAGAGCCGACCGCUGGAGAAGAUCAAGCCCAUCAAGAAGCUGUCAGUCAAACACAAGCUCUCCCUCGGCUCCCGGCCCUCUGAUCCCGCCUCCUCGUCAUCCUGCUCCAAAGACAAACACAAGCUAUCCAACUCGCUCUCGUCCACUGUCCGCCUGUCCCAUCAUAAGAUGCGCAGUGAGAAGCUCCAUCGCCAGCAGUUCAACAGCCUCCUGAGUGCCUCCAAGCUUGAGGGACGCCAUCACCGCGGAGACAGGGGACCCACAGUGUCCCACGGUGCCUAUGACAAGACGUACAGUCGCAAGAGGCCCCGUGAGCACUCUCUGGAGAGGAUGGAGAACACCCCAAAGCUAUAUACGGAUGUGGGGAGCCCGUGUCCAUCUCUGUCGGGGGUGCAGACCCCCACCCACAGCCCCCUCCUGAGGCAGAUCUCCACCUCCUCCGAGACCUCCACACCCCUCUCUCUCACUGGACAGAGCGCCACCAGCACCCCGACCCCCAUUCGCAGGAGGAGAGGAGAGAGCUCCUUUGACAUCAACAACAUCGUCAUUCCCAUGUCGGUAGCAGCCACCACCAGAGUGGAGAAGCUGCAGUACAAAGAAAUCCUCACACCCAGCUGGAGGGAGGUGGAUGUCUGUGCCAAGCCCAUAUCAGCUGAGGAUGACACCGUGGAGGUGGAGGAUCUCACUGACACGGCGUUCGGUCAGCUGCACCAGCCAUGUGAAGACCAGGAGCGCUCCCGCUGGAGUUGGACUGCCACCGCCGUCGCCAUGCGCAGGGGAAGCCGCUCGUACAGGUCAUCAGACGGGCGCACCACUCCCCUGCUGGGGGGAACCCACCCUUCCACCCCACAGCCCUCAUCCCCAGACACGGCGCACUUCCAUCUGCUGCAGGACUCGAGCGGCGCCCCCUCCCCCAGCAGCCCGCCCAGCCCCGACAUGCUGCUGCCGCACACACACCUGCACGCGCACUCACACCGUCUGCUCUCCAGCGAUGACACGCGCUGUUCCACGCCCGACGAAGAGAUGAUCUUGCCACCCGUGCAGCCAUGGGAGCGCCGGAACUUUCCGCUGCAGUCGGACCUGCCGCGAGAGACAGACGAGUCUCAGGAGGGCCCUGCCGAGGAGCGGCAGUACCGCACCAUACGACGCAUCUCGGGCAGCAAGACCCGCUCGGAAUCGGACACCGGACCGCCCUCCCCACUCCCUGACGAGAGUGGCGGGAGCAGCAGCAGCAGACACAGAACCCCCACCUGCACACCCAAAACCAGCCAUCGCUGAACCACCCUCACCCCCCCCUUACCAGAGACGCUCGCGCUCAGCAACCACAACGACGAAUGAAAAGUCCUGUUGUUUGAUAUUCAAACAUCAGUCCAAAAAAAAUUCACAGUUUUUAGUGAAUGAUUAUAUGCGAAAAUGUUAGAGAUCUGUUAAAAAAUAUUUUGUUUUGCUUUUUACUUUUCCUUUUGUGGUCACUGGAAGUAUGUUUAGACAAAAAAAAAAGUACAAAAAAGACAGAUUAGAUAGAUGGCUUUAACCAUGGCGGAUGGGGCGGAUCUUGCAGAGUGUGUCCUGAUUGGCUGAAACACUCUUUGUGGCUGAGAAUGGCUCUUGUCUUCUGUUCCUUCCUCAACCAGUGUAAAGUGAAGACACUUAUGGAAAUGAAGCGCAACAUCCCGUCUCCCACUCUUCCCACCCCUCCUUACCCAACCCCUGCUCACACCUAUCGCUAGAGCACUUUGGGUCUAGACCCU